CACAUCUCUCACUGUGUGCAGGCUCCUGUGCACACCCUUGCUCUGGCUGUGGCUCCCCAAAGGGCUCUCUCCCCUACUUGUAAAGACUACUCAUUCACCAGCCAACUGCUAAGUUAGGUCCCCUCUCUCAUGUUAAAAUUCCUCCUGUCCCAGUUAGUCUCUUUCAACACAACUAUCUGCAGGUUGUCCACAAUCCCCUUUCUUAAACUACCCUUCAGGCUCUUGGGUUGCUUUUUUCAAGCUCAGGUUUUUGCGCAUGUUAACUCUCAAAAAGGUUCUGAUAACCUUCCAAACAAAGAAAUCUUUGCUUUCCUUCUUCACACCACCAUCAAGCCACAAAACCAGCUGCUUAAGCCCACUGUGUAAUUUCUAUUAUAUGUUGGCUGUACUCUUCAUAGUUCAAAUAUACAUAGAUUAUCAAGGAAAGAUUGCUGUAAAAAUACACUGGAUCUGUUUAUUAUGGAAUGUUAUCAUCUUUCCGUUGCUAGUAAAAUUAAUUACAACUCAUUUUUUAUUAGUGUUUAGUCUGCGAGAAACACUGAAAUGCUAUUUACUGACUGAAGAUUCAAAAACAGUUCAUUUUGACAUAGAUGAAGAUGGUAAUUAUGAAAUAUCAACCAAGGAUUCGCAAUCCCAUGAAGAUAUUGCAUGGUUAAGUGUGUUUACAAGGAAUGAACAAGCGGUUACUGAUUCUAAAAAUUUGGUGAUCCUCACACAAAGAUCAAAGCUUAAUGAAUUUGUCCUAUUGUGCAAGGGUAAGACGCAUCUCUCUCUGAAGGUCUUAAAAGCAUCCUGUUCAGAGCCAGAUUAUCCUUCAGUGGAAAGUUGCAACGUGAAUGCAUGCAGCCAUGAAGAUCCUGACUUCAAACAGCUGAGUGAAGAUAAUCACUUUUUCAUCAUGCAUUACCAAGGAGAUUCAGUGCAGUUCCAGUGCUAUGAAGAUACAAGAUAUUACCUGCAUGUGAAUGACGACUCACUUGAUAUUCGCAAGCCAGAAAAAGAAACCAACGGGGACAAAAAUUUUUACUUCAGGGUGUCAUAUUUAGAGGAAAAGUAACUUGUCUACCUUUCAGUGGCCUAAGUGUCCACACAACUCCUAUAAUAAGCUAACAGAAGAGAAGGAAGGUUGAGAUCAACUGAUUUCCAUUUUGGCUUAAUUUUUACUUUUUUGUAAUCUCUUGAGUCACCAUGUUGCAUGAGCAACAUCCUUUAUUUCUGUACUUUCAAUAGGAAAAGAGGAAAGCUAAGUUUGAAAAACAUACUAACAGAUCAAUCUUUUUGUGUCUUACCUGCACAAUUGUGGUUUUAAGGAACUGAAUUGUUCUGGAAGGGGAAAAAUACACAGGGGAUAUUUUGGAGACAGGGGAAAAAGAAGGAAGCAUACACGGAUAUGAAAUACAAAGCACUGUUAGUUCUCCAUGUCAUAAGCAUUUUACUUUUUAAAAAGUGUUUCUUACCAGCUCACCUGAACUUGAGAAGAAAAGAUUUAUAAGUUACUAAAUGUACAUGUGCAUGUCCUGUCUGCCUGCCUGCCUGACUUUGGGAAAGGAGUGGAAGAGGUGCCUCAGGUCUCACUGAGAACAGAGGAAGAGGCUGAAGGUUAGACAGAAGAUCUCUCUGCCUCUGUAGCUCCAAGUCAGCCCAUGUAUUCCACUGCGCAAUUUCAGCAUCUAUCCAGCAUGGCAGCUCUCUAAGAAAAUGUACGCAGAGCAUCAGACUUGCAGCGUGCAGGCAGAGGGGAGGGAGGCACGUGGAACUGACAGGGCAUAACAGAUGCCUGUGAACACUGGCAGCAAAUUGCUCUGACAUAUUGGCUUCCAUCUCUGAAUCAUAGUGGGAGAUGCAAUCAUGUGUUCAGCUGCAAAGCAGAGCGCAGAACAGCAUCUGCAAAAUAAUUAAAUGUUAAAAAUGACUGAGUAAAAUAAACACUAGGUGCUUAUGUGGGGUGCACGGCAGGAGCAGUAAAAGUACUUGCCCUUUAGCAACAGGGGCUGUCAGUGUGAAAUGGAAGAUGCUGACAAUUAAGCAUCCAUAGACCGUAUCCUGCAAGGCACGAAACAUUUGAAAUACGCGAGGAGACAAACCAAAAGUGUACACAGGAUCACGGGGUGUUAAAGAUCUGGUUCUCCACUACUGUGCAUGGAGUCCCACUGUGAUUUAGUGGCAAUUUUCUUUUGAUGCAAAUAAUUAGGGGACAUAUGUGUAUAAAUGGUAGACAUCAAGCAGCUAUGCCAAGAGGUUGCUGCUUGGUUGCAGUGGAACAAUCUACAAGCUACACAGCACUUGCAGGAAUUGUUCUGUGUAAAUAUAAUAAACAAUGCAUACCUGAAAUAGGAAUCCUAACAUCAGUCAAUCACACCAAUGCACAUUACAAUAAGGCAGUUACCUAUAGUAGGCCAAACUCCAAAGGUCUGUGAGACCUUAAAAGACAUUUUAUUUCCACUCCCCCGCCCCCUCCCCUCCCCAGCAAUGUGGAGUUUCACUGCUGGGCUCGUUGUACUCUUCAAAUAGUGAAAAUCAUUCUGUUGCUUCCAAUGCUGACUGAAUAGAAAGGAGCUUUUGAGUAUUCCCUAAAUAAUGCUUACAACUUCCGGAUCUGUUAAGAGUUCCAAGAAGUCAGCGGGAAGAAAAAAAACCCAAACUCUAGAUAUCAACUUCAGCAUGCAUUACACUAGAAUUAAAUUAUUUUAGCACUAUCUACUAUGUUGCACAAGAAAUAAAUUCAGUUAUGUACCAGGUACAAUAAUUUCACUAACUGAUACACUAACACUUCUUAGUCAUACAUUUAUUAUUGGUCAUGUGAUCACCUUACUAAGUUACAGAACAUGCUCUCUAGGUGGUAAGCUGAUGAAACAAUGACAUUUUAUCAUAAAACUCAUACAAAGUAUACUAAUGAAAUCAGCAUUGCUGAUGUCACCAAAAAGAGUAACAUCCACCACAGUGAAUUUUGAGUCUAUUUCAUAGUU